AUGACCUUGUCAAUGCCUAGACGUUCUAUCGCCAGGGCACAACUUCUCCGGACUGUCCGAAGUUUUGCGACCGUAUCACCAGUCGUUGGACACAAUAGAAACCAUAAGGUCGUUGUAGUUGGUGGCGGCUCUGCUGGUAUUUGUAUCAGUCAUCAGCUUCUAAGGCAAGGGAACUUCCAUCAGGAUGAUAUUGCUGUCGUCGACCCUGCCACGUGGCAUCACUAUCAGCCCGGAUGGACUCUUGUUGGAGGUGGACUCAAGACAAAGGAGAGUCUCAGAAAACCUCUGAAAGAUUUGAUUGACCCAAAACUUAGAUUUUAUAAUACUGGCGUGAACGGGUUUUCUCCAGACGAUAACUCUCUCACUUUGAAAAGUGGAGAUAAAGUCAAUUACGAGCAACUCGUUGUCGCUCCUGGCAUCACGGUUGACGUUGGAAGCGUGAAGGGGUUGUCCGAGGCUCUUGACAAUCCAGACUCUCUUGUGUCCUCCAUAUACAACUAUGAUUAUUGUGACAAGGUCUUUGGUACAAUAAAAAAGCUUCAAAAGGGAAAGGCAAUUUUCACCCAACCAACCGGUGUUAUCAAAUGUGCUGGUGCACCACAGAAGAUUAUGUGGCUUGCAUUGGAUCAUUGGAAACGUGCAGGUUUAUAUGAUGUUAAAAAUCCUUCUGAUUCGGCGAUAAACAUCACUUUCGCAACUGGUCUACCAACGAUGUUUGGUGUACCUAAAUAUAGUGCCAAGCUGGAGGAAUUGAGAAAAGAAAGGUCUGUUGAAGGGUUAUUUCAGCAUGACCUCACUGCCAUUGAUGGCAAUGUGGCGACUUUUACUCGUACGGAUGGACAAAGUCAGGUUAAGAGAGAGUUUGAUCUUUUGCACGUGGCACCAAAAAACCGACCCCAUGACUUUGUUAAGAACAGCGUACUCGCAAAUGAUGCUGGUUAUGUCAACGUUAAUGAGGGAACUACGCGCCAUGUGAAGUACCAGAAUGUCUGGUCUGCUGGUGAUGCUUCAAGUUUACCAACCUCGAAAACGAUUGCGGCCAUUACUGCAGAGGCGCCAGUUCUGGUUCGUAACCUGCUCUUGGCUAUCGAUGGCAAAGAACCGGAAGAGGUUUAUGAUGGUUAUACAUCAUGCCCACUUUUAACUGAGUAUGGAAAGGUACUUCUUGCAGAGUUUAAGUACGGUGGAGUACCGAAAGAGACAUUCAAUAAAUGGCUCGGCAUUGAUCAAGCCAUUCCCCGAAGAGAGUUUUAUUAUUUAAAGAAAGAUUUCUUCCCAUGGGUUUAUGGAAAAUACAUGGUUAAGGGUACUUGGGGAGGACCAAAGGGUUGGAUUAGAUAA